AUGUCCGACCCCGAAGGAGCUCAGUCUGCUUCCGUGACAUUUACAGCCGCAGACCGCAUCAAGCAGCUCAAUGACAUUGAAAAAGAUGUCUCUGCGUUGCUCCAUUCUGCUGGUCUCGCUGUGCAAGCCUUGACUACUUCUCCGCCCGAAUCCGCCGAAUCCUCCGACCAGUCACAACCCCUUGACGCGCACAAGGCAGCUUUCAACUCUGCCACUGCACGCUAUUUCUCCCUUUUAUCCUCUAUCACUGUUCGUUUACGGCGUCAGAUCUACGCGCUCGAGGAAGCCAACAUUGUCUCGCCCGAUCAAGCGGGUCCCGGUCUGCCUGCCUUGGCGGGAGCUACGUCUUCGAAUACCCAGGCUCAAGCUGCGGCUGAUAAAGGAGGCAUUGCUGCCGGUGGAUUGGGAAAUCUGGACGUCGGUUGGCUCAACAGCAGGCGAGAUGAGGUUGGCAAAGAGAUGGAAGCAGAGCUGUGGGCAAAAGCCAGGGAACUUCUUGCGGACAGCGUUGAGCAGCCAAAGGAGAACACCGACGUCGAAAUGAAGGACUGA